UUUUUUAUAUUGUAAUUUUGUUGAAAUCAUUUUAGAGCAAACAUGUCUUGGUUUUCGGGUAAAAAGUAUAGACGGGUGAGAUGUGAAAAUAUAUUGGAAUUGAUAAAAUCACCAAAUGCAAAUGAACAAGUUAUACGUUUACUGACGGACAGUCCUCCAGUUAUAUCGUUUACUAAGACCGGAGAAACACACAUAAUGCUCAAAAUUAUGUCAGACGACAAAAACUUUUAUUUCAAUUUUCCUAUUGGACAAGAACACGAAAUGGAAAAGAGAGAUGGAAGUAAGAUAACAGCUGUAUACGAAAUAUUAAGCGAUAAUAUUUUAAAACAAACGGUCAGGACGCCCGACGGAAAAACUGCUUAUUUCACGAGAGAGUUUACAGAGACUGGUUCCAAAAUGAAAGUUGAAUUCGAAGGUUCAGAAACAAUUGCUACAAUAUAUUACGAAGUGGUCGACUGACAGCCGCUAAUGUGUUCCAUACUAUCAGUAUUUAUACGGGAAAAUUAUUAAUUUAGGAUAAGUUUUUAAUUAAUUUAUUGUAUAAAUGUAAUUAUAUGGUAUAGGAGGAUUGUUAUAUAGGUUAUAAUAUACAAUUUUAAUUAAA